AUGAAUUGCAGCAACAGUAGUGUCGUAACCUACGAAACAAACUUUAACACUCAUAGCUCAACAGCACCUUCAAGCACUUUUCUCCUGGUCACAGCAUGUAUACUAAUUUUUAUCAUCAUAGCUGCAAUUAUUGGAAAUUUAUUGGUAUGUGUCGCCAUUCUUGUGAACAAGCAGCUUCGCUCCUCACCCACCAUGUUGUUUAUUUUCUCGUUGGCAAUCAGCGAUCUGUUGACAGCAUCUCUCUCAAUGCCGUUUGAUGUGGAUCAACAACUUGUUGGCCACAAAUGGACUCAUAGCGAGGGCCUCUGCGUGGCAUGGACGACUACGUACCUUGUUACUGUACCGUCUUCUAUUUGGAACCUUUUAGUAGUGAGCGUUGACCGGUAUAAGAGCCUAAAGGAUCCAUUGAAUCGAUACCGACAAUGCCCUUUUAUGACGCGCACAAGAGCGUUUGUGGUGAUAGUUUUCGUAUGGGUGUAUUCCGUACUCUUUGCGCUGAUCCCGGUGAUGGGGUGGAAAUUUCGGUCCUAUAGCGUGGAAGAAAACAUUUGCUAUUUCAACAUUACAGAGCAAUACUCAAUACUCAGCUCGUUUGUGAAUUUUAUCUUUCCACUCUUGGUCAUGUGCUUUCUUUAUUUCAAGAUUUUCAUGAUUGCGCGAAAUAUCCAGAACUCAAAGUUUGAAGGUUGUACUUCUGAGGUGAUGUCUGCGGAUGGAAAUUUGGAGAGCGCAAUGAAGAGAUCAAAGCGACAGAAAAGAUAUAAGAAAAGAUUUAAACGUAACAUGAAAGCUGCCAAGAACAUUUUAACCAUAGUGUGCGCUUUCUUCUUUUGCUGGAUGCCUCAUACUCUUCUUAGUUUGGCGGUUAUUUUUCAUGGAGAAGAACAGCCUCAAAAAAUCCCACCUGAAUUACCUUUUAUAUUCUUACUACUGGGCUAUCUUAACUCCGCUCUAAAUCCUCCACUGUACACCUUUCACAACAAACGAUUUAGGGAAACUUACGUGAAAUGUCUUGGGUUAAGACGGAAGAUAUCGCAACCGAAACGAAGCUCGAACAACACGGCCAUGACCCAUUUGGAACGGGGUUCUACAAUGAGACAUACAAAGGACAACCGGGCGAUUAGGUAAAACAGCUGAAGACAUCAAUGGAAGCAAACUGUCUUGUACUAAGUUAGAACAAAAUCAACUGCUUUUUUCUCCAGUAUAUUAUCAAAUUAGACCGUGAAAAUUGAAAGGCAAGUGGGUAUGAAAACGCUAGAUCACUUUAAGUGUGGCCAAUAGACUAUUCUACUUGCCAGUGUAGAUUCAGUGUCUCACGCGUGAAAGCAGCUGGCUUAGAACAAUUUGUUCGGCACCUCUUUAUGACUCUAGCCUACAAAAUUUACGUUCUUUACAUCCUUUAGAGUAAACCAUCAAAACUGAGCGUAAAAUCAUUUAAUAACCGGCUUUUAGGGUAAUUUUUGACUAUGAAUUCCAUUUAUUACUGAGAGAAGUUUUCACCUUGUCACAUGACAUUUUGAAAUUUAAAAGUUUUAGUUUACGUUUAAAUAUUACAAUUUUUGUGGCUUAAACAAAAGCCUAAACAUAAAGUCAUCUUGCGAUUUUUCACAAUGCAUGGAAAUUAAUUAUUAAUUAUUUCUUUACUUUUCUUUCAGCUGAAGUCAGCGACAUUUCUUAUGAAACUAAAACGAGAUUCUAGAUUCAGAAUCAAGAUUUUUAGCUGACAUUUUUGCUGUUUUCUUACCUCAUUCUGUCUUUUAAAUAUUAUACCUUUGAGUACAUAUUCAGGAGACAUCAAGGUUGCUUUUGAAGUUUGUGUAAAUAUAUUAAAAUGCAAUACAGAUGACAUCGAAUUAGGAGCAAGCAAGAGGAGAAAAUCUGUUCAAAUGUUCAUCGAUCACUUUUAUUCGUUCAUUUAAUUUCUUGUCAAAGUAAUGUUGUAAAACGGGUAAAGUUUAUUUGCGACCCCUCGGGCAGUUCAUAUAAGGGAUUGAAACCGAAUAAAGAAAAACAAAUUUCAUGCGUGCUGCCGGUUUAGAUAAGCAGAAUGAAGCAAAUUGAAUUUUGACGACAUUUUUGACCAGUAUGCAAUGUAUGACUGAGGUGAACUCCAGUGUUUAUUAAAGCUUACAACUGAAUCAGAGUGGGAAUUAAGAACUUCAAUACAGACUUUACGUACAGUCGACUCCCGAUAAUUCAAACCUUCAAGGGAAAUAGAAACACGUUUGAGUUAUCGGGAAUUCGAGUUUUCGAUAGUAAGAUUAUAUAGAAAUCAAAUUUACUGGAAAUAAAAAUUGCUUCGAGUUAGCGGGAGGUUCGAAUUAUAGAGGGUUCGAGUCGAAUGUAUUUAUCUAUGUCAUAUUCUCUAGUUAAUGUAUAUGUUUCAAUUUCCUGAAGAUGGCUCCGUAUUAUUAAAUAUCUCCCUUCAACUAGUCAAACGUGAUUCAUGUGACGUGAUUUCAAAUUUUAAAUCACCAGCUUCACCAUUUUGUAGGUCAUGCUGAGUUUGCAAAUUAUGAAAGUGAUAGACAAGCGCUUAUAGGUAACUCUGCAUGUUAAAUCAACUGAAACAUUUCUAUUCAAAAACACACGAGCGAAAAGCAGUUCGAAAAACAUGGGUCCCCCUAAUCAUAAGACUGCUACAAUGACACUGUUUAUUGUCGGUGGAGAAACCUCUUAUUUUGGAAUCAUCUAUAAGGGAAAUUAUUGAAAAAGAAAAACUUCUAUGUAAAUUUAUUUUUAACGCAAUGCUAUCUUCAACAGUGUCUUUAAAAAUAAAAUAACAACGCUAUAUGUUACGCUGCAUGCUUGAUACCGGAAGUCUUCUCUGUGUACUCCGAUUUUCCCUUCAUCUCAAAAAAUAAAACUUCCAAAUGCCAAGUCGAACUGUGUGGAUCGUACGCACACGUCUAAACGAUUUCUUAAGAACUCUUCAAUGGGCAAACAAAAUACGUACGAUUUAAUUUUUUUUAAAUGUAUUAGUGUACAUGCGAUUCAGAUUCGAGCAAAUUUGUCGCUGUAAGAUUCACGAUGAUACGCCGAUGGAAUAUCAAUAGAAGCGAACCUUUAUAAAGUGAGAUCCCCGGGAUAAGGAAAAAUAUUUUUCGCCCUAGAAAUAGUAAUAUAAAUUAUAUGGAAAAGAGCCUAUGAAAGUCGAAUGUGCAUGUUGAAAUUUCUCUCCUUGAAGCCGAGAAAAAUUCUAGUAAUCAUGGAAAGACAAUUUUGGGAAUGACGGGCAACAACUUAAACAUACUAAUUAAAUGAUAUUCUGUAUAAUGAAACAUGAAAUUAGUUUCCUUGUUUUAUACCUUAUCUUUUUUUAGGGGCAUUUAGUAAAUGGGAAAUGUGCAAUAAAAUGUAUUAUUGGCUAACCGUGUGGAUAACACCUCGUGCUAAAUUUAACUCAAAUCGCACGCUACUGGUAAUUUUUACCUAAUGAAAAUAUAACCGGCCAAUUUGUAAGAUUACCUCUAGCGCCGGAUGUAGUUAACAUGCUCUUCCAUAGCUUUCCAAUUAUAAUGCGUAAACAUUGUAGCUUUUUUUUUAUUGUUUGACUGGCAAAUAGAUGAGCACAGGAAACUAAUGCAAGGUCCCUAUUGCGUUCUUUAAAAAAGGCGUCCAUUAAAAAAGGGUGAUUUUUUUUAUCUGGCUGGAUUUUUGAAAAAUAGGUGACUGCGUUUUUUCUCUCCUUCCCUCCAUUUCUUUACUCUAGUAUGAUUUCCGUGGUUUUUUCGCAGAAGCAAGAAACUUGCCUUUUUGGCCUUUGUAUUUCAGUCAAAUGGCUGCAAUUAGUGAUAGAUAAUAGACGUUUGACUGAGUAACAGACCGUGUGAUUGUAAGCUAUUUCGUUCGAAUUUCAAAAAAUGCUGUGUGUUGUUUUUAGUUCGUUCGGGGAUUGAGGAGACUAAACGAGAAGACUGCGGACUAGUCAACGGAAGUUCUUCGUCAAUUUUAGAUCAGUGGGCGAUGAAGAAUCGAGCCGAGGAGGAGGGUAUGUGGGGUAAGUAUUGGAGAAAAAAAAUUGAGCAAACCCUGGAAGGUAAGUAGCCUGACGAACAACAACAAGUAAAAUUGAACUAAGCCUCUGCACAUGUAUCCGGAUAUUUCUGAAUCCGAAAAUUUUCCUUUGUGGAUUCAAAAAUUUCCACGUCCAUAUGUAUCCGGAUUCACUAUCAGUUCGUCAGCUAAUUUGUAAAGCGAACUUCUCCUCAUGCGAACAUUUUCUCUUCAUGCUUCAAAUGUGCCACAAGCACUUUUUCGCUCGUUUAACUUGUUUACGGCGUCCAAUUCGUCCGUACGACAUAGAAAGAAGCCUCAGAAUGUCGAGCCGUCGUUUGGAAUAGGGUCGCCUACCGGAGUUCAAGAGCCGAAUAAGUGAUAUUGCGCUCGGCACCAUCUUGAAUAUUCACGGUAAAGAACUGGGCUCGAUCUUGUUACGUCACUGGUUAAAACGAUAUCCGAAACCUUAACGGAGAAGAGAGACUCAGUCGUGCUGUGAACAAUCUUGUGGUUGCAUGUUUAUACACAGGUGAGCAGUAUCUAAACCCUUGGCGGUGAAGUGGGGGCGGGGGGGCCUUUGAGCUCAUCCCGAUUUCAAUUGACGAGGAAGAUCUAAGGAUCUUAGGGUUUGAAAUUUUCCAGUCUGGGAUUUUCUUGGGUAGGAAAAUUUCGAAAGUAUUUUUUCGCGUGCCCUCAUUUGGGCAGGGAUUUUUUGGGUAUUCGAAACAAUCUGACGAUUGCCAUUAUAGUACCACGCGCGUUUGCUGUUCGCGUAGUUCCAGGCCGAUAAAGUACAGCAAACUUGUUUUGCGGUGGUCUGAAUAUUUAAUGCGUAUCAGUUAUGGAGUGUGGGCAUGUCACUAUUCGGCGAGGGUAAACGUUUCGUCCAGGGAUUUUUGAGGGUCCCUUUGGAAGUCCUAGGGAUCUUUUUCGCUGUAAAUAACAAAGAGUUCUCUCCAUUAGAACACUGUCAAGUCAGAUUAUGUUAUAGAGCUCAAAUUAAUCCCGCUGAGACUUCGUAGAAGACAACGACACCAAGUAACAAUAUUAAUGCUUUGUUAAUAAUACAUUUCUUUUGUGUUAUUCUCGAAGCCAAAAAUGAAUUUAAAUCAUCUAAAUUGCUCCUUUGUUCGCGUUAUCUCCAAUGUCAAAUGAUGGAAAUUGUCAGUUUCUUUCCUGCCUUUCUCUCAGAUAAAAGAUGAUUGCUUUUUUCUCUUAAAGAUCUUCUGUUUAUCUACCUCUUUAUAUGUACUGUCAUAUAUGCAUCCGGCUUCCUAUUGUUUUGUCUGAAAUAGACAUAUUGUAUAUUCUUCCUUCUUUUGGCAUGUAUAGUUUUUUACUGGGUAAAAACUACAUUUUCUUUACAGAACGUUUCCAAGUGAGUGUGAACGGAAGAAAAGUAAACAGAGACCAAAAAAACUGAGACAGCUUGGGAAAAUUUUAACCAGAAUACAUUUUCCAAAGGCAGUUAUUGAAGGGGAACCGAUGUCAAUAUCUUAAUUGCUACACAAUAUUGGUCAUAUGCCAUGAAAACUAAGAAACUGCAAACAACUAUUUUGUUUUUAUUUCAGUUUCAUUUGGAGGAUUUUUGACAAAGAAAAAAAAACUCGACCUCAAUCUGCUGUCAUCAGCACUGAAGUCUAAAUAAAGUUACAAGUUCGCUUGCCAUGUAAACCUAAUUAGUAGAGAAGAGUGAUUUACACAAAACGGAUAGUAAAUACUAAAAUUAAGUGCUGUUUAUAAGAUUACAAGUACAUUAGCGGAAAAUAUGUCAUCAUCUUACUUUCACUAAAAUUUGUCCCAUUAUAGGUUUUUAGAGCCUUGUUGGGUUCCUACCAAAGGAAAAAAAAUAAGAAGGAGAAUUAGACCCGUUGUAUGAAUCGUAUCUCUGUUGUCGUGUUUCACAUUCAAAAAUUAAGAGAUACUUCAUUUUUUUUUUCAGUUUUAUCAUAUGUUAAUGAAUUUGGCUGAAUUUUAAUUAACGAUAGACGGUAUUUUCUUUGAUCAUUUCCUUUGACUAUCCUAAAUUUCAUCACCUGGUAGCAAUUUUAGGCAAACCGAUCUGUGGUCCUGAGCGGGUGAUAAAUUUUUGGUCUUCGCUCCAGCCCGCUUUCUUCGUCAGACGGAUAAAUUUCAUCACCGCGCCAUUUUGACGAUAUUCAAUUGUAGCAUCGAACUGUGUUUGAGCUCAAGCAGCCCCCCUGGUUUCCUGUUAAGGCGUUAACAUCAGGUUAGACCGGUAUAAAACGGAUUCUAUAUCUACUUACAAGUGAGGGAAUAUGGUAUGUAGACGGCGGCCAGGACUAAUAUAGUCAGGAAAACUCGAAUCAGAUUCCAGAUUUGGAUUCCAGUUAAACUUCAUGCGCUUAUGCGAAACGUCCAACCAUCGAUUCAAAUUCUUAUUACUUAUUAAUUAUUAUUGCUAAGAGGCGAAUAUAAAGCUCGUUACAAAAGAAGAAUUACUAUUUUCAACUGUAAAUGCAUAAGCACAAAGUACUAAGUUUAACCUGCCUACUGGAGAUGGGACCGCACCAAAAGCCCAUUGCUAUAUGUAGCUACGCAAGAGCUUAGUUGUUUUCAGGUUAAAGGAAUCACUUUUUCCUUUACUUUUCAACUAAUUGCAAUAUGUUAACGUUGUUAUAGGGAAAUGAUGAAAAAGCGAAUUGAAAAAAGCAAAAAACGAAUAAAUUGACAGUUUUACCACCUUUGUACUCAAACAUAAUGAUUUUAGAUUGAGAAAUUAAGGAUGCAAAAAUGAGCAGUUUCUCAUCUGAUUUCCGAACACUCAUUAAACAUUUAUUUCCUUUGUAUUUUCUUUAUGAAUUAUUAAUAAGUUUGAGAAGUCAAAUUGAAGUAUUAUAUAACAUACUGAGAAAGUGUUUUCAGGAUUACCAAAAUAUCAAAACGUAAAUUGCAGGGAAAAGUAAAUAACCUCAUUGAAGAUCAACCUCGCGACCUCGCGCUCAAAAGAGCAGGACUCUCUUACCAGCUAAGCUAACCCUUCUCUGGUUGAAAGACUCCGAUCAGUUUGCACUCUAGCGACUCUAAACGUGAUAAAAACUAGGGAAAGUUGCUUUUUCUAAGUAAAUAAGGUAGACAAAAAUUAUUUUGUAGGAAUUUUUUAAAAAACUUAUUCCAUUCGUUUUUCUCACGUACGGAAAGCAAAAUUUUAGUCCAUAACUUAUGGAUGCAAAUCUUGCGUUGCUGUCAAUGUGCUGUGAGAUUCGUUUCUUAUGCGGCAAAAAUGGCGAAAAUUUACGUCGUACUGGGUUUCAGUUCUACAGAAAAACAAACGCCAAAAAGUUUAUUGUAACACACACCACAAAAGAAGAGAAAAAAAAUUGUAGGCGUAUAAUGCAUUUGUCCUUAGCGAUAUCGUGUUUUUUGUACGGCCGAGAGGAAAUGUAAUUUACGUCUUAGCUAUUAAUUAUUGACCCUUGUCUUUACUGGUUUUUUUUGCAAACAACAAUUUUGCACGUACGUUAUCACUUUUUGUACAUUUCUUUGUCAUCACUGCACGACUAUGACGUCAUUUCACGUUUUGUAGAGGAAGUGAACACAAAACAACGACUUUCUUUUUCUUUUCAUGAACUUCGAUACAGUCUUUUAGAAUACAAUUCUAAAAGAAUUGCCAACAUUUGACGAAUUGAACGAGGUGGAAUAAGCGCGUUAGCAAAGUUUGAAGCAGCGCGAAUUCACUUUCUAAGGAUCUUCAAGAGACCUUUUGGUAGCCUGGCGCCGCCGUAGUUGUUGCUUGGCUAGUGUGCUAAACCAUUACCUCAACCGUCAAAGAUAAUGCGAAUGGUAGAAAGUACGGUCGUUACGUAUAUCCCAAAUUUUGAAAGCCUUUGAAAACAAGCGAUAUGACAGAAUAUGAAAGGCGUUGUAGAAUCCACUAGGUAAUGAAUAAAUGGAAAAAGCUUCGCUUGUGCUCUAAUUUCUGAAACAAUUUGUCUAUUUAAAUAUGUUUUUAUCCGUUUUAGCUUUUUAAACAUUUUUUGUGACAGCUACAGCGCUGUUAGCGAUUAUACUACCAACACUACGGUUAUUGCUGUCUGAAUUAUUAGCCAGUUCAAGUUGCUAAAACAGUGUGGGAAGAACAAUUUAUGUCAUAAUUAGUUGAAUACAGGAACUUUUGCAGAAGUUUAUAAAUUAAGUUCGCUCACCCAUUUUCGGUACAACAUUUUUUCCUUUUCUGACAAAUUCGUUUUGUGAAGGAUUCCCCGCUUACCUACCCCAGUUGUGCCGCGCCAUCUGUAAAGUCGCGAAUAGGGCUCAAUAAACGGUUACAUUAUACGCCUUUAGUUCCGUUAAUAGUCCUCCUCCUACCAGGCGAUUCAUCCAGUGUCUUAUAUGCAAAUCAAGUCCCUUUUUGCCUCGAGUGUUGCGCCAAUUUAGUCAAAUAUAUAACGCAGAGGCAAAAUGGUGGGGUUAGUAAGCAACUCUACAAAAAUUAGAAAGCCGCCUGGAUUAGUAGGGGUAAAAAUUGUUUAAAUUGUGAGAGGAUUAGUAAAAAACAAAACGGUUUAAUAAUUAUUUCGGUUUUAAGUGUUUCUGAGAAGAAAAAAUCAUGUCAAUAGGUAACAUUUUCCUCAAAUAAAGUUGAGAUACCGCAAUGCGUAAUAUAUUAAUCUUUAAUUGGUAUUUUUGGAAAGCUAGUGUGCUAUACAAAUUGCGAACUAGUAGUUUUCACGCGUAACCUUGGACUUUAAAAUGUAAAUUCAUUUAUGUUAGGCUAUGUUGGAGAAACAUUGUUUUCAUUAUGAGCGAUAAGCAAGCUAAGGCUACUCGUCUCAUGAAAUUAUUCUGUGAUGCCUGAGAGUCUAAAGCCCUGUGCAAAUGGACGCAACAUUGUUGGCCAACAACUCCCGACAUUGUUGGAUGCUACAUGUUACGUCCGUUUGCACACCCUGUUGGAUGUUGUUGCGCAAAGUUUGAAACCGGUCAAACUUUUCAGCCAACUACUCCCAACAUUGUUGCGCCAACAACAACAAUGUUGGAUCCGUUUGAUGCUCUUCCAACAUUUGUAGGGCCAACACGCCAUUACGCAUGGUUUACAAAGACUUACGCACGCAACAACUCCCAACAUUGUUGGCGCAACAAUGUUGGGAGUUGUUGCGUCCGUUUGCACGCAACCUUAUGGAGAAAAAAAUAUCUUGCUCCUAACAAAGGCAUUUAGGUUUCCGUAGGUGUACAAGCGACCAAGGCAUUUCGCAUACAGUUGUUUAGGACAAAGAUCUGACCUAAAUAACGAAAAUAAUCUUAUUUUUUACUUAGCUGUUAGACUAGUAGCUAGCUGAGUAAAAUUAAAAAUCAUCCAAAAAUUUACUAAUGGAGUAAAUAAUAAUAGCAGCCGCCCUCUAUCUUGGGACGUCAAGUCUUAUGUCAAAUUAGGAUCCGGUCAUCAGGACUUGACUGUCUGUUAACCGACAUGCUUCAAAAUCAACUGGGACUUGGCGAUCUCAGUUAUCGUAAAUAAAGGAAUCCAUGGCAAGUUGGUUUGGCUCAAUAAUAUAAGCAAUUUAAAAAAAAAAAAAAACUUAUAUAAUCUUUCAGUUAACUUAAAAUGUUGUGGCCUCACCAGUUAGGCAAUUUUGCUCACUAUUAAAAAAAACCCGUUAUUCGUGCAUGUUUAUUGUUGAUGGCCGUCAGAGCCAUCUGAGCUAAUUUUUGGGUUUGGCUGCAGUUUUUAAAUAAAACACCGUUGAGGCUAGAAUUUGUUCAUUGUCGUGAAUCUUCCCCUGGCAAGCGAUGUUAUAAUCGCGCUUUGUACAAGGUUAGUAACCUGGUAUCAGCAGUUUGUUAUUUUAAUUAUCUUGCCCAAGCAAAAAAGUCAUGCCACAGGAUAAAGUACCUAAAGUAUCUCAAACAGUACAGGAUAAGAAAAGUAGAAAUAUUUCCUCCUUGUACCAAUGCGAUAACAUAACAGUGAAAUAAUUUCCAUUUAAUAGAAUAUACAGACUUUUUAUAGGAAGUUAUUUUUUUAUAGUUAGCUGAACUCGUUAACAUGCUUCGUGAAUUCUGCCCCUUUUUCAUUGUCGGAGCCAUGUUGUUUGAAAUUUGACUGUUGAUUCAAACAGCAGAACUUUUUAUUGCGCCCAACUCAAUAAGUAGAUGAACACAAAGAAAAUUUCAACGCACAGUUGAAAACGCAAAAGAACGUUGUUUAAAAUAACUAGAGAUCUCUUUAGCAUAUUUCGAAUGCAACAGAAAUUCUUAUUGCGAAUUAACCAAGAGCUAACAGAGAUUCACGUUUUUUUUGCGUCAUAUUUUCCGGUUCUGUACGACGUUAAAAAAUUGUUGAACCCAUGUUAUUCAAACGCAUCGAAAACGAAACGGCUUUUUAUCAACCGAACUGGUGACAAAAAUAAUUGUUUUCAUGUUUUUUUCGUUCGGUUUAACUUUCUGACUUGAGCGUCACUUGAAUUUAUGCUGUGUUAGCCUGCUUAACAUUUUAGCGAAUGGACAUCUGAUACUUAUCGAAUUGCAUUAAUCAUAUUGUAAAUUUGCAACAAUGAAGUCGUAUUUUGGCUGUUGAAUUCUGUAUAUUAUGUCUUUCAAGUAAUUGCUAGAACGGUUGAAGUCUUUUUGGUGAAAAAUGUAAUAAAGGUCGGGUCCGUUUUUUUUUCAAUACAGUCGAACUUCUCACAAUGAACCUGCCUUUAUUACGGACAGUUCUCUUCGUUCCAAAAAUGCUAAACUUCACAUUUUAGCUUUAUAGUACAGAAAGCUAUAUAAUGUGGACACCUGGCUUAGUCGCAUUUAUUUAAAUAAAGUUGAAGUUGAAGUUAAAGUGAGUACGUAGGAGCACCAAACCACGCCAAUUUCUCCCCGAAAAAACUUCAGAAACCUUAACCUAAAGUGCUCUUAAACGCAUUCCAAACGUUGCCAUUAACCUUUUUGUCUGUUUGGUCGUUCCUUAGGCCAUGCGAGCCACUUGGAAUUCAUCAGGGUCGAAUUGUCAUUUUCUCGAAAAUAUUGGUUGACAUAUUCAUACGUUUACGAAAACGGUAGAUUUCCUGUUACCUCUUUCCAUCACUCUUUUCGAAAAAGAAAAAAAUGCUGGUCCUUUCUUUCACAAGUAAUAGCCAAAUCAGUGAAGGGAAACAUAAAAACUAGCUCUUUAAAUCGAAGAAAAGAGAGAAAAAUAGAAAACACGAAGAUCUUAGAUUAGUAGAAAAACCGUUUGGAAAUUUUCAGGGUUUUUACAGAGUACAAAACUUUUACUGUGGGACUAGCCCGAUUUUGCAAACUAUAAAUGUCUUUUUUUUUACGGGAAAGACCUUUCCACAGCGUAUAGAGACCUUCCUUUAAAUAAAGAUUCAGAAUUUAACCAAGAUAUAUAUGUUUGCCACUAAACUAGGUGCAAUGUCUGUUUACAAAUUUAUAAUGAUUAGGAUCUCCACCUGCUACAGUGCACCCUUAAAACAAAGCUUGGACACGCGAUCAACCUGAACAUGUGUGCCGUUUGUAAGCACGAGGCGCUACCCCCACUUAGGGGACUGGAACUAGUCGAUCAAUAAAUUUCUGCAGACACUUACAGCAGUUCAGAAAGAAAAACACCUCAAGUUUGACAUACUUUGUUGGCAACUUGCAAAACAUUGCGAGAACGUUGAAGACCUUGAGGCAGAUUUUCGAUCAGCGGCUAACAUGCAGCAGAUUGUUACAAUAACAUUAAUCCAUAUAUAUUAUUAAUUGGCUUAUUAGCUUUUUAGAUCAGAGAAAGCAGAGAGUUGUUGUUGAUGGUUACCGUACUAAAUAUGUUUCUAUAAAUAGGGGUGUUUCUUAAGGUACAGUCCUGGGGCCGAUCCUCUUUUCCAUUUUUAUUAACGAUCUCAAAGCUGUUAAUACUAAUAAGAAUCUUUUGGUCAAAUUUGCAGACGACAUAACUGUCACAUUGCCAACGGAGGCGACUGUAGGUUUAGAUGAGUCUGAAACGGAAGUCCUAUCCUUUAUUGAAUGGUCUGAGAACAACUGCAUGAAAGUUAACUUGACAAAAACAUAAAGAUAAAGCGAAUGGUGGAAAGUACAGUCGUUACGUAUAUCCCAAUAUUUUGGAAGCCUUUGAAAACAAGCGAUAUGACAGAAUAUGAAAAGGACCUUUUAAUAGGGAGGUUAGUUAUUAUUUUCUUCGACCAAUGAGGAAACACCUUACGAGCAGCCCUUAUAUUACUGCAAAAACGCAAAGAGUCUGAUCAGCAAAACAAACUCCGCUUUGCACGUGCUUCACGCUUUUUUGUAACGUUACUGCACGAAAAUUUCCUAAUUUUAAUUUUCAUGGAGGAAGUAAAAAAAAAAAGCUAAUAAUUUUCUUUUCAAUCUUUUCCUGGACUUGGGUACUGUACUGUAAAUUCAGGAAAAUUCACCUACAUUUUUCAAAAUUCAGUUUCGAGGUGGUAUAAUAGCGAUGAAGUUUGAACAGCGCGAAUUCACUUUUUUUAAGCGACGCUGCUCCGUUAGCGGCGACGGUACGGAGACGUGAUAGAGAAGGACAAUACGUUCAAUGAGCAAAACAACAACUCUGCACGUACCGUAUGCAUCACUCUUUCCGGUUAGUUUUUCUUCGCCCCUGCUUAACCACGACGUGAAAUUAUCUUUUUCCAAUUUCCGAAGAACGUAAACGCGGUUCCCGUUUCUCAGCUUCAACUUAAUUUCCGAUCAACUUCUAAAUUUCCGAUAAAUUACUGAACAAGUUUGACGCAUAAAAGAAUGCAGAGUCAAUUUCGUUGUCGGAUCUUACGGUCGCUGAUUUCGAGGGUUAAAAAACAAACAAAACAAAAACAAAACAAACCGUACUGUAAAGAUAAAACAGACAAGAAAUAAGCGAUUGUUGACAAAAGCACAAUCGCCACAGUCCAUGAAAUUGCGCCUAUUUAUACAGGUUUAUACAGAGGCCCUGUAAUCGGUGGACUUUAUGUCAAUGUUAGUGUAGGCUAAAAGCGGGAAAUUAAGGGCGCGAUCCAUUCAACCAAAAUUUCCGGAAAUUUCGGUCCAAAACUCAAUGGAUCGGUUCGGUCCAACCGGAAACGUUUCGAAAAAACAGGUCCACCUUUUGAGGUGGUCCUCUUUUCCCGGUCGGACCGGUCUGAAUUUUGGUUGAAUGGAUCGCGCCCUAAGCAACGAAGGAUGACUAUGGCUCCGUGCGUUUUGGCGCAAAACCUCUCAUUAACGGAACUUAAUUAGAAUUCAGGUCUACUCAAGAUUUCAAUCGUAAAAUAAUUGCAUCUUUUAUUCAUCCGUUUUUCGCCCCCAACGCACGAACGAUAUAUUUUCUCACCAAAGAGCCGUCUUUUUGGACCAAGUUGGUUCAUCGGUAUCAACGCUUCUGAGGUUAUAAUUUCAAUCCACCUUCACAAAGAGCAAACUAGAGGCUUACCGUAAAUAACCAAAUAGUACUCGAUUUCACAAGGAAAAAAAAAGGCAAAAACUUCAAACCGUUUUGGCAAAAACGAAUAGCGCUAUGUUGAAGGUAAGAACCUUUUGUAAGAUAUCUCUGACUGCUCGCCAGUAGUUUUGUCGAUUAGAACUGGCUCAGACUGUACCAUGGCUGUCUCAAUCGUGAAUGACAAUUUUUGGUCGAGGAAGAAGUGUGUGAGACCGCUGUUAUGUAAACCAUGUAGGCACAUCUAAGUGUACAGUUGGAAAAAGGAACCGUAAAGGCAGUGUUAACUUUAUUUAAUGACCAAACAAAAUCUUUCGAUUGAAAGCAAAAACUGCUAAAAAACCCGUGUUCUAUCCGCAAACACUAACUAUUUCUUACUUUUAAGUAGAGUCCCAUUCUUAUUUACUUUAUCAUGGUUAAUGUGUUUUUCUUAAUAGUUUUAAUGCAUAAGUUCCAAUUAUGAUUAACGCAGAGCGGCUUAAAAACGGAAAGCUUAAGUCGACAUAAAUCUUAUGGUAGUCAUUAAGUUUCGUAAGUUUGAUUAUCAAAAGGAAUAAAUGGCUAUUAGAAGGAUAAAACAUUUCAUAGAGAACGAACUACCUACGUCAAGUAGAGGGACAGGAUGUCGCGUCCUUAAGAACUGUCCGCUCACUUUACUCUUCAGGUCACGAAAAGAGAAUUUCAUAACUCCUAAGUGUUCUGGAUCUAAUAAAGUUAGUGGAACACAAUACGAAGAAAUUCUUGUACAGAAAUAGGUGUUUUACUCGUUUGGAACUUUUUAACUAUAAAAGCGUGCGGUUUCAAUGGCACGUGAUGCACAAACGCUCCUUUUUUUCAUUCUUUUAAGUAUUUAUCUUUUUAAGUUUAAAUACGUGCAGUUUCAUAUCCUGGCACGUGAUGCACCUAACGCUCUUUUUUUUUCAGUCUUUUAAGUAUUCAUCUUUUUAAGUUUAAAGCUUAAGUUUCAAUUCUAGCUAAAAGCUUCCAACAAUCAAACUCACUAAUAGUUCAUAGAGAAAAUACGAAGGAAAUUAACGUUUAAUGAGAGAUCAUGAAUGUUUGAAAAUUAGAUGAAAAACAGCUCAUUUUUUGCAUCCUUAAUUUCCCCUUCUAAAAUCAAUUUGUUUGAGAAGUAACGUCAAGCAUUCGACGCAGGGACAUCUUAUUAAAACUUUACAAAGCGUAUAUUUUACUUUAAUUUUAUUAGUCGCUUCUCUGUCUGCGUUUUUGUGGAGCGCGCUAUGCGGAUAAGCUACAAGCGAUAGAUAAAUGAAUCCUUACUCUAAUUUAUACUUGGAGAUUACUCGUCUCCAUACAGCACUCUUCUUACAAAAGUCAACUCUACUUCGUUGUGUUACAGGCGCUUUCAGAAUUUCCUUAUAUUGUUAUGUAAGAGUUUGUUUUUCACUCAUUUUCCUGCUUCUAUGAAAAAAAUGUUUUCACUCCGGUCCUCUUCCUAUUCUUGACUUCGUGGCAACUACAUUCUAUCACUCGGUAAACCUUAAACAACUACCUCUGGUCUUACUUCCUUUUCCUAGUUUUCAGCUAAACAGUGGAAUGCACUGCUUCGAACUAGUUUUUUUUUUGCAGAUUUUAAGAGUAAAAUACAGGGUGUUACCUUAAAGUAGAUUCUUUUUGCUUUUAUAUACUUAUACUUAAAAUUGUAAAUUAGUUUCUUUCAUUCGUAGACUUUGUUCAGUUAGCUUAAAGGAAUACAAUUAGUCUUUAAAAUCAUGAAAAGGACAUAGUUUAUUAUCACUACACAUCGAUCUUGAUCAGUUUAUCAGUUAGUUGUUAAAUUUCAAGAUUUAGUUCCCGUGACACUAAGCCCCUGGUCAAUAGAAUUGACGUGUUCUGCCUGCUAUGACUUCAUCGGUAAUCUACCUUGUAAAAUGAAUUUUGUUUUUUAAAUUAACCAACAUAACCAAUGCUUAUAUUAGAAAUACAAUGUCACAUACUGUCAUUAACUCACGUUGUUCAGAUGAGCAUCUCGACUAGUUUUACGCUGCCCGGUUGAAGAUUUUCCUUACAGCAAGGAACUUUUGGAGAAAAAAAAUAUAGCGCUUUAGGUAAGGUAAACUAUCAAACAGCAAGGUACUGAUCCGGACGUUAGGACAUUUUCAGGUAGAAUAAAUUUCUCUACCCACUUUUCGCAAAAGACUAUCUCCAGUAAAAAAACCAUUACCUUCAAAGUUAACGAGGAUGUGAGAAGUAGCAGACGUCUUUCAUAGAAACAUUUAGAUUCGAGGACGAGGACGACUAGGAGAACAAGAUUUAAUUCAAAGUUCUUUUUGGCGUAUUCUCAAAAAAUGUAAACCACGGAAAACUUCAUUGUACUUUGUUUUUUAACAAAAAUGUUAACACGGUUAUCUUUAUUGAAGGAGGUUAAGGUGGUUCAACACAGUUUCAUAGGUUACCAUUCGUUGGGGUGCUAUUUAAGACUCAUUGCAGUUAUAGAGCUCAACUUUGGCACGGACAAAAUAUAUGCAUAAGAAAUUACAUUUAGUCGGUAUGAGCUUUAGAUCGUUGCCAUGGCAACGUGGAUCACUGAAAACUUGUCCAAAAUUUUAAAUUUAUUAGGCUUAAUUCCAGUGAAUCAUCAAUCGUGAAUUUGCACACAUCUUAGAACUAAAAAUGGUCAUUUUUUAAAAACAAUUUGCUCAAAUUCUAACAAACGGUUUUUGAAAUUUUUAAGGAAAUAGCUUUCAUGAGAAACAAACUCCUUUGUUCAAUAUUCAUUUUGAGGCUUUCAUUGGCUGAAGUACGAUAUGAACAGGACUUUUGCCAAAUUUUGGACAUUAAUUUUUGAGAUAUCAUCGUUUGUUUGCAUUGCCUACGAAAGUCAAAAGAAGAGCGGCUCUUGCGUUGCUCCCUAUGUACGAAUGCUCAUAGCUUCUCCGACUUCACUGAGGGGAAGGGGGGUUCUGUACAGAGGCUAGAGUGCUCAGCACUUGUACACGCCGAAACCUCUAUCCCUUGUUUGGUUCCACAGCUUUCGCUUCUUGUGUCAGUAAGAUGGAAUCGAUCAAUUGUGCAAUAGUAUAGCCGGAAAUUCCAGAAACUUUUAGCUGUUUUAGUACUUGCUAGAAAAGGGAAUGGUCCAAUAGAAGGCAAAUUUUAUAUACGAUUGGUGAGAAACACGGCUGGGCAAAUCGUUUUUCUUGAAGCUUUUCGGGGAAUGCUGGGAAGGAGGACGGAUCUUAGCAUGAGAUUCCCAGAUCUGCCACAGGAGCAACUGCACGACGAGUCUUAAAAAAAGAGCAAAUUUGUACCGAUUUAUGUAAUUUCGCUGCUACAGACUAGUAAUUUUCGAAAAAUAUAAAGCUCUUUGCUUCGAGAACAAUGAUGCUGUGUUUGCACUAUUUAUAGUAGAACUGUCAAAAGCUAAGGCAAAUAGGAUAUCUUUCCUUUGCUGUGCUAAACAUGUUUUAUUAUUUGUGAAUCUAUGAGCUUCCAGUUACAAUUAUAUUUUAGACAGUCAAUUAUUUCUGUCCACAGGGCAAUUGCUGAAAUUCGGUUGAAUUUGAAGGAUCUUUCUGGCAUAAGAAUAACACGUCAUAACUCUCAAAAGAAUAUCUUUGCCAUAUUUUUUGUAAGAUUAAGACUACUUUAACGUUACCGCAGUUUGCUAAAAUAUUUUGUUUGUCGGCAGCAAGUUUUAAUGAAGAUUACAGCGCUUGAAUACAGCUUACAUUAAGUUAAUCAGAUAUAAUGUCAAAUUCAUAACGGGGUAUUCAGGCUGAACUAGAGCUAGAGUAACUUUUAAUUAACUGUCCUGCCACGGCCUUUUCCUGUAGGCUAUUUUCACAUUCAUAAAAUGUUACUGUUGAAUAAGAAUAAGGCCCUCGCUGCGAUCACCAAGAUUGUUUUACAACACAUGGUCAGAUAUCUGUACUUUUCACACAGAGCUCAGCAGGCCUGGUAUGUCAUGUUGGAAAAUAAAUCUCAGCUCUUGAAGAUGAAUUCAACAAAUUUUCCCUCCAAAAGUCCUUAACAUCCGACCGUAGUUUGAAAAUGAAUGGAGAAAACGGAAUAAUCGGAAAAAUUGAGCUUGAAAUUUCUACUUAAUUGCAACAGUUGUUACAAAUCAAAAUUCAACAAAAUUCAGUUUCACAGGGCAUUUUUUUUAAAAAAGUUCAUUAACAAUGAUAAAUUUUCUGUAAAAGGAUAAACAAGAUGAACUUGAUUUAAUGUGAUCUUAUUCUGUCUCCGUACAGAGGGCAACUGAAUGACAAAAAGUGCAAACAGUGCAUGACAGAAUUAUUUUUGAUUGCUGCUACGACGAGCGAUUUUUAAUUUUUCACAGCAUGAUUUAAAACCAUGUAGUUAGUUCAAUUGUUCUGCCAAAUUAUGCGGUCGGCAACUGUUCAAAUUAAAAUAGAGUUUUGUUCGCAAAGUGACUAAAAUUAAAAUUGCCUGAGGUUAUUUUAGGACGGCGUUUUUAGUGCAAAGUAUGUUUUUCGACAUAACCUUAUUUUAACUGAUUGAUUUCUUAAUUACUCGCUAAGAUAGCUCGAAAGCUGCUCUGAAUUCUUGCGUCUCUCACACUUAAGUGAGGUUUUGAAACUACAAAACGACCAAAAGUCGAAACGACCGUGAAUCAUUCGGAACGUACAGGACUCGAAUGAACAGAAGGUAAACUAUAAGGUGUAGCGUGAAUUUUGCCUUCUUAUCGCCUUGAGGUAACGCAAAGAGUAAUUGUAUCAACCAAAAUGGCAAAAGUUGGGAUUUUUAUUGCUACUUUUAGUUUGAUAAUUUCAAUCGAAAAGUGUUAACUUGACUUUUUUGCCAUAGCACGGACAAAUAUCAGCUCACAGAAUCAGAUCACUUAUAUUUGAUUCGUCGAUUGUCAGUUUUUGCCUCUAAAAUAUAAUUAAACCUAUGAACUAAUCAAUAACAGUAAAUUGAUUGUAUCUUCGAAUUCCUUCCUCUCACUAGAUUAUCUGUCGAGAUGAACUCUUGGAUUCUGGAUGGACCUUUCGCUGAAUAGGUAUUGAAAAUUCCAGCAUCACUUGACAAGAAACAAGAAGGGACUUUUCAGAUAGCGGUGAGAGGAAUUGAAAAUCAUUCUAACGGGUGAAGUUUUGCUGAAUAGAACGGCCAGAGGGCAAUGCGUCUGACGAUCCUAUCAUUUUGUACAGUUGAGGAAUUAUUUUAGCUUAGCACCUGCAUUUUCUGGACCAUUCUAAGUAUUUUUGCGGGAGCGCAAAAGCUCUUAUGUUUUGAAGUUGACCAACAACGAUUUCACUUCUUCGGAGAUUUUAGGCCUCAGCGUUCAUCGCAGUUUUCCCAAAUCUGCGAUCUGGGCGGCACCAAAAAAAGAGUUUGGGUUCCUUUCAGACUAUCAUUGGAAAGACUUAAAGAUAAAACUGCAGCUUCUUACAAGCUUAUCUCUAAGUGCAUCUUUGAGGCUGUUUCUUUCUUUCAAGCUUAUUACAACGAACCUUUGUACAGAAACUUCGGUGGCGGUAAAUUUCUGAAAGUUUACGCUUCGUCCGACCAUCUUGGCAUGAAUCUCUCUGAAGCGACUGAGCCAUCGCCGAGGCAAGGUUUCAAGUACUUCAGCGUGUCAAUUUACGCUUUAAUAAUCGCUGCAGCGUUUAUUGGAAAUCUAUUGGUCUGCGCCGCGUUCUUCUGGAAUCCGAUCCUUCGCCGCUCACCAACGAAUCAUUUCAUAUUUUCAUUGGCCAUCAGUGACCUACUCACUGCCUGUAUUACGGUGCCAUUUGAUUUUGAACAAGUUUUAACCAACCAGUUUUGGCCCCACGGAGAAGCUCUCUGUGUUUUAUGGACCACAUCAUACCUGAUCAAUGUACCUUCGUCAAUUUGGAAUCUACUGGCAGUGAGUGUGGACCGAUACAAAGGGCUACAAGAUCCACUCAACCGCUUUCGUCAAACGCCAUUUAUGACUAGAAAGCGAGCAGGGCUGGUUAUAUUGACGCUGUGGAUCUAUUCAGCACUUUUUGCUCUUAUUCCUGUAAUGGGGUGGAAGCUAGUUCCUCGUAGCGUCGAAAACAACUUUUGCCAGUUCAACAUCACUCAAGCGUACUCCCUUUUGAGCUCGUUCAUCAAUUUUGUCUUACCGACCCUCUUUAUGUGCGUGCUGUAUUGGAGAAUUUAUAAAAUCGCCAGCAGCGUGACCCGAAAUAAUGCUUUGAAUCAGGCGGAUAGCCUUCCUAUGACCAGCGAAUAUGCAGAAAAGAGGCUGAAAAAGCGAAUCAAAACAACGAAGAACAUUGUAGUGGUGGUCUGCGCUUUCUUGCUGUGUUGGAUGCCUCAUACCGUUAUCAGCAUUGUAUCCGCGUUUCUGUUCAACUCAUGCCCAGAGUGUUUAUCAGCUAUUCCCAGUGAACUUUUCACGCUUCUGCUCAUGCUUGGAUACGCCAGUUCGGCUAUGAAUCCUUAUUUGUACGCGCUCAGGAACAAGCAGUUCAAGAAUACCUUAAGCUUUCUAGUGUCUUCACUCCGAAACAAGUUCGCUCAGCGGCCUCGCACUUCCUCGCGUUUUGAUAAAAGCUCCUGCGGAAAUCCAGCCCGCACUAGUUUGUCGCAAAGUCAAAGUGAAAGAUGCACAGGUGUUUAAACUUGUUUAUAUUAGUCAAGUUGCCUGGGAUAUAACAUGGCAUUUAUGAUCACAUUUAGUGCCUAUUUGAUCACACUUCUACUGAUCAGCUUUCAUAACAAGUGCAGAACGCACAAAUUUAGUUCCAAAAUUUGCAGUUUUCAUAUGACGUCACGGCGGCCAUAUUGGUGUCCCAAAACAAUGAAACGGCGGCCAUAUUGGUGUCCCAAACCAGUCCUGUGGGAGUUGAACACUUUUCUUAUGCAAACGCUUUCUUUUGUUGCAAUAAAUUUGUAUAGAUGCUGGCCACGUGAGUGAAAACACUCUGUUGAGAAAAGUAGACUUUACUUCUUCCAAAAUGUACUUCUUCAACUCUAUCCGCAAGUAGCCCUCAUUUCUUCCAACAACCGGCCAUAUUUGCAAAGUCACGUCUUCCAAAUACGGAUUCAUGCUAUCUGCUUAGCCUGUGACACUCUACUACAUGUGAAAGUUGGCUACCAUUUACAGUUGCAAAAAAGAAGACGCUAUACACUGAAUCAUAGAAGUGUGAAUAUAUACAGUACAUAUAUUACAGAUAUAUACAAGAAAAUAUUUCUCAAAGUAAAACAGAAGAAGGAGCUUAUGAUUUACAUAUUUGUUACAUAAUAUUCAAAAGGAUUAAUUGAAGUUACUCUUCAAGGUUCCGCCUUUGGAAGUAUCCAUUCAUUUAGAACGCAUGUACGAAGUGUUUGACGACUUUUAUAAACAAGUCUGCGAGAAAUUGAUGGACUACUUAAACCGAAUUUUGAUAUUCUGUUUGUGCAAGAGAACAAUUCUGGGCCGUGAUUUAACGUUAUUUAACUUCAAUGAACAAAAAAACACAUGAAUAAAAAGUUCAUGAUUUAGGAUGGUGUAUGUGGAUUUAAUUCACUAAUUCUUUGGUUGUUGCUCCUGUUUUGUUUCACAAUAUUAUGUUUGUGCAACAAUACUAGCCUGUGAUUUAACUGAAAAAAAAAGAGGAAGAUUACAAUGGAACGAAUAAAACAUGAAUAAAAACCAGUAUUUAGAAUGGUGUAUAUGCAUUUCACUCUUCAUUAGUUGGGGUUGCCAGUUCGUUCACGUUGUGUUUAUCCAAGGGUGAAUUGAAACACUGCCAUAUCAAAGUGUAACCUUCACACAAAGGGCCAAUGGACACGCACAACCUAUUCGCUAUAACGGGGUCUGUCGUUAUAUCGAGGUAGCCUGCGUAGCUGGCGGUAUUGUGUGAGUGCGAGAUUAAAGAUUUGGCGGCGGAGCCGUGUUCCAAAAAAAGGGAGUAGGGACGAGGUGGUUGAAAUAUUUCUCGCGGCUUCGCCGCUCGUGACGGCUCCGCCGUCAAAUUUCACUCGACUAUAUUACAACGGCUCCGCCGCCAAAUCUCACUCGACUACUACACAAUACCGCCAGCUACGCAGGCUAAUAUCGAGGUUGUUUUCCAUAUAUCUUACUAUUACUAGCGAGAAAAAUAUCGUUCAUUAAGUCCUUCCUUAUCUAGAGGUUCGUUAUAUCGAUGUACCUCUGUAUUCCUCUUUUUGCAGUUUUUAAAGGAACGUAAAACAUAGAUGAAUGAAUGUUUUCUUUAAAAUGGCUCACUAAUCUAACUUGUACAUGUUUCCGAGUUUUUGGAUUAAUAGCCCUUUCCGUAAAAAAAAGAAAUAUUACUCGUUUUGGGUGAAUUGGUCACCCACAGGUUCACAAAACCUUUCCUUUCGUCAAGGCAAUCACGAAAUCGUGUGGGUUUUGUUAAUCAAUCAAACAAAUAAUCGAUAAAUCAACCAGCCAAUCAUCAAUCAACUAAUCAAUUAAAUAAACAAACAACCCAUCAAUCCGUCCACCCAUCCAUCCAACAGAAGACAAAUCAUUGAAAACGAAAAAAAAAAUUCCCUGGCUAAAAUUAAAAAAGAAGACUGCACUCAACUUGCUUACUGAUAUGAAGAGCUACUACAAUCAAGGUAUACGCAAAAACCUUUAAAAUGAUUGCUGAUCUAUGAAGGAAUAAGUGACUUGGCAGUUAAUUUCACACCGCCAAAUCAAGAAUAACAACAACAACAAAAGUCAAACUAGAAACCUGCGUGGCAGUUGCAUUGACAAACUUAUUUAACACAAUUCAUGAAAAUUCACCCUCCCCCCUCAUCGUAACCCUUCCCCCUCCACUACAGAAAGAUUAUGCACCAGCCGAAGCAAACUAUGGCGGUGGAGAGAAAUAUCUCAGACAAAUACUCUGGAAUGUGUUUAUUCAAUCCUUUAUACUGGUAAAUUCUUCUGUUAACUAAGCAUGGCCAGAUGAAAACUUAGAAAUUUGAGUAUUCCGCACACAUCCCAACUAGACAACCAGAAACAGAAACAGAUACAGUAGAUUCAGUAGUAUUGUUAAUUCAAAAUAUUGGCUCGGCUAGUUCUCCAUAACUAGCUGGCGCUGACCAAAUUUGGAAGAUGCGAGCAACAUACCAUCGAUUCGAUGGAUUCUUGUUCAAAUCCCCACCUAAACUUCCUUCCUGUUUAAUCCUAUGAUGCUUAAAGCUUCCCAAACCCUAUUCCCAUCAAUAUUAAAGUCCCAGCAAAGAGAAAAUGGGGCAAGAAAAGUGAAAGGAGAGGCCGGAGCCGGAGAGAAAGCGGAACGUAAAACUCGAAAAAACGAAAGCAAAUUUGCCGUAUCUGCUCAUGGGCCCAACUUCGGAAUCUGAAAUUUUGCAUCUGGAACAGAAGCCCGCGAAGUGUUCGAACUAUAGACGGAGUUUCGACCAGUUUGGUCUCUUUAUAUAGCCAAUCGAUGACCAAAAAAUGGCUCGACAAUAAGCUUCAAAAGGUUUUUUGCAGUAAAAUUCCCAGGAACGAAUGGGUUAAUAUUCCUUUGAUGCGACGACGUCCAUAAAGGUUGUCAUUUGAAUGAGAAAGAAAAAAGAAGCCUGAAGGGUUCUCGUAGUAGAAAACAAGUAGAAUAAAUAAUGUUAAGGAAACUGAAGGUUCCUGCUUUCCAGGAGGAUAUGGGCAAUUUGCAACUGCUCUGGAGGCACAUGCUUGAUAUUAUAGGUUUGUCGUCAGUUGCUCUUUGUACCGCGUGACUAACCAGUUACAAAGGGGCCAUCCAUGGCGUUUUUUCGGAAGGUAAAUUGUUUUUCAGGUCAAAGAACAAUCGCAUUACCGUAGAAAACAGAUGGCGUAAGGCCAAUAAAUCUGAACAAUUGUCGUAACUAAAAAAAUAUCGGCACGUUUGUCAUGGCCACAAGAAACAAAUAAAAGGCGAUAUCUGCUUCUAUUUAGCUGCUAACAAUUUUUCAAUACGUCCGUAUUGACUUAAGUCGAGUGAUGACGACACAUCUCUCAGUUCAACGUCCGAUCUCGAAGCUAAUGCUUAAGAUCUUAUCGGCGUUGAUUUUGUUCUCUAAAACAUUUCACGUCAGGGGAGUAUGAUACUGCCUAAGUGUUUUUGGAGGGUGCGUUGGACUGAGGUUGUCCAUCUUCCCCCAGAUCUCAGUGAAGUCUUUAGACCCGCUCACGUUUUUAUAAGUUUUGGUUAAAUAUUAUUAUUGAUUAAGUUCUUUUAUUCCUUUGUGUCAUUGUCAUAAGUUAUUGUACCCUCAAAACAAAGUGAAACAAUCGGGAUAAAAUUAAACCACAUCUGGAUAUGGCCUAGAAAAACUGAUGGUGACAGUGAAAUUUUUUCUGGAAAAAGGAGAUUAUAGAAUUUACUCCAUAAAAUAUAUACGUAUGUGUUCUCGAUCCAUCGAAGGGCUCAAAGGCUCAGGCUAAAAAUUGAGCGAUCUUUGUCCUAUCGCCCUCGAUUUACUAUUCUUUAUUACCUUUUGUCCUAAUUUCGCUUUAAAUUAGAAUAAUUUAGCCUUAGAUCAUAAAAUAGAACAUUUCAGCUUGCAAAAUCUUCGCUCGGUAUAUUUGCUCUUAAAGAAUUUACCUUAAGUAUUUGUACUUUAUUGAAUAAAAUAGUAAAUGCAAUAUUGGUAAAAGAAUAAUCUAAGAGCAAUAUUACUCUUUUAACAUUAUGUGUAUUCCAGACUCACUGUGCUGAGUAAGCCGUCCGGGAUAGAUCCGGAUCGUGACUUCAUUUCAAGAACACUUUGUAUGGUAUUUUUAAGAAAAAAUUUAAGAAAAGAUGUUAGAUCGAUUCCAGUUUAUUCUAAAUCUGGAGCAUUUAAAUUCCAUAGUAUGAACUUUUUUCCAAGACUGAAAGAAAUAUAUUCUUUUAAUUCGUGACUACAGCAGAUAUUGCUUGGGUAUGAAUUGCGGAUUGAAUAAGUAGUUUCGGAAAUAGUAACAAAAAAUCCAUCAAAACGCCGACUGAAUUUUUAAAAUUUAUGUGGUAAAAAUAUACUUCAACGGGUUCCUCCAUCCUGAUUUUUAUAAAUGCUUACCACUUUUAAAGCGGGUAGACAAAAAGGGAGUGAUCGGAAAUCAUUAAGCUAUUAACGGUGUUCAAGUGCAUGCUAACGUAAUAGGCCGAAAUUGACGGUGAAUAGGCAUUGUAAUGGUUUAACAAGAGCGGACGGUUGUUCACUUAUAAGACUUGCACUUUAGAAGUGGUCGUUCUGAGUGCAGGAAGUUCUGGGUGCGUUUUGUUCGCUUGGUGAAGUUAUUCAACAUGAUUAAUCUUACAAAACCUUCGGAUAGCGAAGGCAGCAACGACACGCAAUCCUUUGAGAAUGAGGGAAUUCUUUUUUUCUCUCCAGCGUUUAAUGUGUUUAUAAUAACCGCUCUUGUAGCCGUCAUAGUGGUCGCGAUACUAGGAAACAUCUUGGUUUGCAUUGCAAUGUGUUGGAACCCAAAUCUUCGCAAAGCAACUACAAGCCUGUUCCUCUUAUCUUUGGCGGUUUCUGAUCUUCUCACAGCAAGCCUGGUGAUUCCAUUCGACGUCAACAUAAUCCUGAAAAAUGGGCUUUGGUUUCACGGCGAGGACGCCUGUAAACUUUGGACUACUGCCUACCUUCUUACCGUUCCUACCUCCAAUUUAACAUUGAUGUUUUUGAGCAUCGAUCGGUAUCUGACAUUGCGUAGGCCUCUUAGUCAAUUUCGUGCGGACCAGACUAUGACCAGAAAGACCAUCUUCGUUUACAUGGUACUUUUAUGGAUCUAUCUACUGGUUUGGGCCCUAUUGCCGUUGACAGGUUGGGAGUUAUGGCGUUUAUUUCCUCUUAGCGUCAACAACGACAUUUGCUUUUUCAACAUCUCGACUCUCUACAGCAGCUUAGUUUCUGCGCUGCAUUUCAUCCUUCCAGCCUUGGUCAUGUGCAUUAUUUACGUCAUGAUAUACCGACUGAUCUGGAAGCACACGCGCACCAUUCACCCCAUGGAUGCCCCAGUUCCCACCCAAAGUCCUCAAGCAAGACUCGCACUACAGAGAAACAUCAGGGCAGCGAAGAGAAUCGCGGUGAUUGUGAGCGUGUUUUUACUCUGUUGGGUCCCAUACAGUGUUCUGAGCAUUACAUCACAGUUUUGUUUUGAUUGCUUCCUUAAAAUACCUCAAGAAGUGUUGUACUUUACUCUUAUGAUGGGUUAUUCAAAUUCUGCGCUCAAUCCAAUACUCUACUCAUUCAAUAACAGGAAUUUCAUUGACUCGUACAAAAGACUUUACCAAGGAGUGAGAAAGACACUCACAAGGCGACUGGGAGGUAUGAAGUAA